CGUGCGGGGCGCGCGGCGCGCGGUUGAAGCCGGAGUGAGUUCCUGGGUGCGGAGACCCGGCGGCCGGCGGGCGAGCGACCGCUUCCCCCACAGCCAUGGCAGCCCUGCGCUACGCGGGCCUGGAUGACACCGACAGCGAGGACGAGCUGCCCCCGGGCUGGGAGCAGAGGACCACCAAGGACGGCUGGGUUUACUAUGCCAAUCACACUGAGGAGAAGACCCAGUGGGAACAUCCAAAGACUGGGAAAAGAAAGCGAAUCGCAGGAGAUUUGCCCUAUGGAUGGGAGCAAGAAACCGAUGAGAAUGGACAAGUGUUUUUUGUCGACCACAUAAACAAAAGAACCACCUACUUGGACCCAAGACUGGCAUUCACCGUGGACGACAAUCCCACGAAGCCGACCACCAGACAGAGAUACGAUGGCAGCACCACGGCCAUGGAGAUCCUCCAGGGCAGAGACCUCAGCGGCAAAGUGGUCGUGGUGACUGGGGCGAACUCGGGGAUCGGGUUUGAAACUGCCAAAUCUUUCGCCCUUCAUGGUGCACAUGUGAUCCUGGCCUGCAGGAACAUGACAAGAGCCAAUGAAGCUGUGUCCCACAUUUUAGGAGAAUGGCACAAAGCCAAGGUAGAAGCAAUGACCCUGGACCUCGCUCUGCUCCGUAGCGUGCAGCAUUUUGCUCAGGCGUUCAAGGCCAAGAAUGUGUCACUUCACGUGCUUGUGUGCAACGCAGCUGUGUUUGGGCUCCCCUGGACCCUCACAAAAGACGGCCUGGAGACCACCUUCCAGGUGAACCACCUGGGCCACUUCUACCUUGUCCAGCUCCUGCAGGACGUCCUGUGCCGCUCAGCCCCUGCCCGGGUCGUUGUGGUCUCCUCGGAGUCCCAUAGAUUUACAGAUAUUAACGAUUCCUCGGGAAAACUAGACUUUAGCCGCCUUUCUCCAUCGAAAAACGACUACUGGGCCAUGCUGGCCUACAACCGGUCCAAACUGUGCAACAUCCUGUUCUCCAACGAGCUCCACCGCCGCCUGUCCCCCCGUGGGGUCACGUCGAAUGCAGUGCACCCCGGGAACAUGAUGUACUCCGCCCUCCACCGUGGCUGGUGGGUGUACACGCUGCUCUUCACCUUGGCGAGACCCUUCACCAAGUCCAUGUCUUUCUGACACCAGAGGAACCAGAGACCAAAUUGCCAACAUCUGUUGGAUCAUUGAAAAAGCAAGAGAGUUCCAGAAAAACAUCUACUUCUCCUUUAUUGACUACGCCAAAGCCUUUGACUGUGUGGAUCACAACAAACUGUGGAAAAUUCUGAAAGAGAUGGGAAUACCAGACCACCUGACCUGUCUCCUGAGAAAUCUGUAUGCAGCUCAGGAAGCACCAGUUAGAACUGGACAUGAAACAACAGACUGGUUCCAAUUCAGGAAAGGAGUACGUCAAGGCUGUAUAUUGUCACCCUGCUUAUUUAACUUAUAUGCAGAGUACAUCAUGCAAAAUGCCGGGCUGAAUGAAGCACAAGCUGGAAUCAAGAUUGCUGGGAGAAAUAGCAAUAACCUCAGAUAUGCAGAUAAUACCACCCUUAAGGCAGAAAGUGAAGAAAAACUAGAGUCUCUUGAUGAUAGUGAAAGAAGAGAGUGAAAAAGUUGGCUUAAAACUCAACAUUCAGACAACUAAAAUCAUGGCAUCCAGUCCAGUCACUUCAUGGCAAAUAGAUGGGGAACAAUGAAAACAGUGACAGACUUUAUUUUUUGGGGCUCCAAAAUCACUGCAGGUGGUGACUGCAGCCAUGAAAUUAAAAGAUGUUUGCUCCUUGGAAGAAAAGCUAUGACCAACCUAGACAGCAUAUUAAAAAGCAGAGACAUUACUUUGCCAACAAAGGUCUGUCUAGUCAGAGCUAUGGUUUUUCUAGUAGUCAUGUAUGGAUGUGAGAGUUGGACUGUUGAGAAAGCUGAGUGCAGAAGACGUGAUGCUUUUGAACUAUGGUUUUGGAGAAGACUCUUGAGAGUCCCUUGGACUUCAAGGAGAUCCAACCAGUCCAUCCUAAAGGAAAUCGGGCCUGAAUAUUCAUUGGAAGGACUGAUGCUGAAGCUGAAACUCCAAUACUUUGGCUACCUGAUGUGAAGAACUGACUCAUUGGAAAAGACCCUGCUGCUGGGAAGGAUUGAAGGCAGGAGGAGAAGGGGACGACAGAGGAUGAGAUAGUUGGGUGGCAUCACUGACUCAGUGGACAUGAGUUUGAGUAACUUUGGGAGUUGGGGAUGGACAGGGAGGCCUGGCGUGCUGCAGUCCAUGGAGUCACAGAGUUGGACACAACUGAGCGACUGAACUGACUGAACUGAAUAAAUACACAUAUAAAUACACACACGCUCCAAGCCACAUAGCAACCUAGUAAGUAGUGUGAACAGUCUGUUUCUGUUUCCACGAACACAAGUUCUGUCACUUCUGGUCCGUGGUCAAUGUCUGUCUGAGAAGGUGACAGAUUGAUAUAUGUAGGUAUGUUUGAAAAAAAGGAGAAGCGUGAUAACACACAGGACUACUAUCCUUUGGCAGGGAACCAUGGAAUAAAGAAUGACAAACCUAAGAGCUUUUUAUAUGCCUGUUGUGAACGGUGAUCAUUUCUUCGUUUCAGCACAGCCUUGACUCUGAACUUUGGUCCUGACAGUAUAGUUGUAUUGCCUGGGCCAUGGUUCUCCCACAGAUGUGUAAUGUGUGGUAUUCAAACACAUUUGCUGAUUGGAAGUAUGCUAGUCCUUGAUCAUGGACAUAAGUGGUAUCCGUGAAAGCCGCUGAUGUGGGAUGAAAGACCAAAGAAUGACUUUUGUCUUUGAUUUACCAACAAGGUGUCUUUUGCCAGUUGUUCAUUCAUACUGAUGUUCACUAUGGGUCUCUAACCGUGGAAAGUACCUUUGUUCACAUCUGCAUGUGAUGGCUCCUCCCCAGGUUCUGAUUAUUAAAUCCUGCAAGAGCAGUGAGUUUCUGUGGGUUCCUGUGAACUCUCACUUAUUUCAUCCAAUGGAGAGUUUUAUAAGAGUGAGGUACACCACUAUUACACAGUUUAUCACUGUCAGCUGAGUUGGGUGGGUGAGUAGAUAAAAUUAAUUUAGGUGUUUGUAAGGCCUUUAAAAAUAUUCAAGAGAAUGUAAUAUUGUUUGAGAACUUCAAUGUAAGUGUAAAAAGCAGUUUACAAAAUAGCAUGUACUGUCUAAACCUACGUCUAUUACAAGCACACACACACAUUUCUUGGAGAAAGAAGUGGCCACCCACUCUAGUAUUCUUGCCUGAAGAAUCCCAUGAACAGAGGAGCCUGGCAGGCUAUAGUCCAUGGGUUCACACAGAAUCAGACAUGACUGAAUUCAUUUAGCAUGCAUGCAUGCACACAUGUUGCUUUUAUAAUGCGAAAAAUAAAAAGUAAAGCUUUCUGUUUCAUUGUUAAGAGUCAGCUAACUGGUGGGACUGUUUGUUUUACAGAUUUUGCCUUUUGCUUGAAGCCACUUACCAAGGAGCCUCUUUAAACAAGGAAUAGAAAAAGUUUGAAUUAGGUGGGUCCCAGCUAUGCACCUGGGUUUAAUCUUUGCAGUUUUUCUAGAGGUAGUGCUUUCUAGAGCAGUCUCCUGAUUUCCUGAAUGUUGGGGAUGUGAGAUAUACGUGCUUUUUAGGGCCUCAGUAAGUGAUACUGGC